AUGGCCUCCGUUGGCGAUAUCAUCUCGCUCUCUAUUCUUAUCGAAGACCUUGUGCGAUCCCUCGAUAACAGCCACGGCUCUCCAGCAGAGUACCAGGCUGUGAUUCGCGAAUUAUGGGGCGUUGACCACGCGUUGCUCGAAGUCGAAGUGCUAUUUCAAUCCUGGGAACAGACGGUCCAUUUGAGGGCGUUGAGGGUUACCGUCAAUGAAUGUGUAGAGCAAUGUCGGAAUUGCAUUGUGAAGUUUCACGAGCAGAUAAAGAAGUUCGAGAAGAGUCUACAAUCCGGAGGUUCAGACAGCUUCAUCAGAGAUAUAGCUAUGAAAAUUCGAUGGCAGGUUUCGAAGGACGACCUCGCCAAAUUCAGAGCUGAGAUCAAUGCGCAUUGCUUCUCUAUCAAUAUGCUGCUGACGACGACUGGCGUGUUCGUAUCCCCAAGUCAUACCCUCGUCGUGGCCUUUAUCAAGGUGAACAGUACUCUCGCCAAAAUGAACGACGAAAAUGUACAAACAAGUUCGAAGCAGUCCGAGCUAUCCCAUGCAAAGUCGUCAGCUACUCAAGCCUACGAAUUGGCUGAGAUCAAAAGUCGCUUAGAGGAAAACAACGCUUUGAUCAAGGCAGCGGCAUCUGAGACCAAGGACUUGGGCUUAAGGUUUGACAUGGAUUACUUAAAGAACCUUGGAGCUGACAUUCUCUCAUUCAUGCAAAAGAUAUGGAAAGUCAAUUUCUUGACUUACAAAGCUGUGAUAUCCCUGCAGACUAGUAUUCCAGCUCAACUCGAGCGAUGCUGGACACAAGAGCCGGCAACUCUCGAAGACGCUUUAGGCCGAGUGACUGCCGUACACCUAGAAUUCCUCGAUUCCUGGGAAGCUUUCGAAGCCGUCCUCGAAGUUCGCUUUCGACAAUUACCAGGCCAUCGAAAGAUAAGGCAAGGAGAGUAUGCACUCCAGGCCAGUUCAUGGAAAAGGGACGUCGAGCGUUCCCUUGCUUUGAACCGAUGA